AUGUCCGAGAGGAAGAGCGCUGAACGCUGCAGCUUUGAGGCUUCUUCACCGACAACUCGAGGACCAGAUGGUGCCGAAAAAAUGACUCGGGUUUUCUCCAUCCUCGCUUAUCUUUUCUUUCUGGUUCACUGUAGCAGCAGUGCUGACUCAGAGGAGAAGCUCAUGAACUGGUUGCUGGGAAAGGAUCGCUACAAUCCUCUCAUCCGGCCGGCUGUCAACAGGACCGAGAGAGUCACAGUGAAGAUCCAAGUGUCUCUAGCACAGCUCAUCAGUGUGAAUGAAAGAGAGCAGAUCAUGACCACAAAUGUGUGGCUCACUCAGCACUGGGUGGAUUACAGGUUAUCGUGGGACCCCGCAAAAUACGAAGGUAUCGACAAGUUGCGUAUUCCGUCCAGACAUAUCUGGCUCCCAGAUAUUGUUCUGUACAACAAUGCUGAUGGUACCUAUGAAGUAACAGUCUUCACCAACGCUAUUGUUCUUUUCAAUGGCAGCGUCAACUGGCUUCCUCCAGCCAUCUACAAAAGCGCCUGUAAGAUCGAGGUCAAGCAUUUUCCCUUCGACCAGCAGAACUGCACCCUAAAAUUUCGCUCUUGGACGUAUGACCACACCGAGAUCGACCUGAUCUUGAAGUCUGAGGUGGCUAGUAUGGAUGAUUUCACUCCCAGUGGGGAGUGGGAUAUCUUGGCACUGCCGGGCAGACGGACUGUCAGCCCUCUUGAUCCCACCUAUGUGGACCUCACGUAUGACUUUAUCAUCAAGAGGAAGCCCCUUUUCUAUACAAUAAACCUAAUUAUUCCCUGUGUUUUGAUCACCUCUCUGGCCAUCCUGGUCUUCUACUUGCCUUCAGACUGCGGAGAGAAGAUGACCCUCUGCAUCUCUGUCCUCUUGGCUCUCACUGUGUUCCUGCUUCUGAUCUCCAAGAUUGUUCCUCCAACCUCACUGGACGUGCCUCUGAUCGGCAAGUACCUGAUGUUCACCAUGGUGCUGGUGACCUUCUCUAUCAUCACCAGCGUGUGUGUGCUCAAUGUGCACCACCGCUCCCCCAGCACCCACACCAUGCCUGCCUGGGUCAAGCUGAUAUUUCUUGUCAAACUACCUGCCUUACUCUUCAUGAGACGCCCUAACAAUAACUCCGCCCGCCAGCGACUUCGCCAGCAGCGGUGCCUACGGGCGAGGAGAGCCAUUUUGGGUUUGGGUUACCCAGUUGCACCCAAAACAGGUAUCACCAUGUCGUCUUCUGCCUUGUUGUCCUCCGACUCUACCUUCUCCACCCCAGGACACAAAAAUGUAGCUCCCUCGAUGGGCUACAUCCACUCCAACAGGAAGGAGGACUCGCGCCCCAUGGAUUACCCUCCCUCUGGUUUCACUUCCACUCAGGACCUCCAACAGAAAAGCAACUCAGAUUGGGCUGCUGAUGUCCAGGAGGCGGUGAAUGGGGUACGCUUUGUGGCUGAGCACAUGAUGGGAGAUGAUGAUGAUCAGAGUGUGAUCGAGGACUGGAAGUAUGUGGCCAUGGUGGUGGAUCGUAUGUUCCUGUGGAUCUUUGUGAUAGUGUGUGUGGUGGGAACCCUGGGCCUGUUUCUCCAGCCUCUCUUCCAGAGUCAGACUUUUCCCAACCAGCAGCCCAGCUCAGAGACUCCUCGCAUCUGA